AUGUUUGAUUUUAUUCCUCACUCGACUGAAUUGACAAAGUUGGUUGCUGCUGAAAUCACAUUAGUUUAUCACGGAAUACGUCAUGGACAUAGCUAUUUGAGUCAGGCAUGCACUGCUGAUGUCUCAAAGAAAUUGUUUCAAGAUUCAACUGUUGGAAAAAAUCUCACAUGUGGACGAACUAAAGCUCGUGAAAUUGCUGCUAAUGUUUUAGAUCGAAAAAAGCUGAAUCAAUCAUUUAUCGAUUAUGUGUCUAGUGUAAUUAAAUAUAUUGAAAAAUAUUAUGAUGAACAAUCCGAAUUGGCUGAAUUAACUGCAGUUUUUGGCAUACGUGAAAUCGAUCAAAUAAAAUUUCAUCAAAUUGAAGAGUGUGUCGUUUUUCUCAAGUUGGAAGUUGAUCAUGAUAAAUUAUUCGAUGAAUUGAAUAUUUUACAAUCCACAUUCAAAGAAGUCAAUUCAUACCGUGAACCAUUGAGUGAUCAAAUUCGAAAAUAUAUCGGUGAUGAUGCUCAUAAUUUCAGUGGAGAUAUAAUCAAUGAUCAAAAUAAUGAAUCACAGGAUGAACAAGAUCUUUUUCAUAAACCAACAAUUGAAAUUCAUGAAAAAGAAAAUCAGAUUCGAUUUGAUCAACUGUGGGCAUAUCUGCUCACAAAAUCAACAACUUUAUGCAGCGAAAUGACGAAAGUUCUUGCCUAUGCUUAUUCGAUUCCUUGUUCAAAUGCAUUUGCUGAAGGUGUCUUCAGUCAUAUGAAGCACGCAUGGACACCAAGUCAAAACUCGAUGUCGACUGAAACAAUUGCUACUGAAUUAAAGAUAAGAUUAAAUAGCAAGAUAAAAUGUGAAGAUUUUUAUUCUUUUGCACAAUCUCAACCAGAAUUGAUUAAAUCUGCUAAAAGCAAGCAGAAAUACAGUUAUGUAAAAAAACGUGUAUUAGCUAAUGCAAACAGAGAAGAUUUACUUUAA